GCGAAAAGGCAUCGGCCCCACCCUCCGGCGCCGGAAGAGGAGGUGGUAGACAAGCCGAUCGCCAAGCCGGCGCCGCCGCCGGCGUUGGUGGUGAUGGGACUGGCUCCGGACUGCUCGGUGCUGGACCUGAAAUCGCGGUUCGAGAUCUACGGCUCCAUCUCCCGCAUCCGCAUCGACCGCGACGGCGUCGGCUGCAUCGCCUUCCGCUCCAAGGACUCCGCCGAGGCCGCCGUUGCCGCUUCCCUCGACCCCUCCUUCGGCAUCACUGUCCAGUCCCAAAAG